AGAAGGAUGAUAACAAAAAGUACACCGAUGCCCGCGGAUGAGGAGCUAACAGUACCGCAUGAAAUCGACCUCUCAACACCCUACCUCAAGGCGGUUAUUCCGUUUAUGCAUCGAGCCUGUGAAAAAGAAGUCAAGGUUUGA